AUGCAUUCUCCAUCCCUGCAGCUAUUAAGAGCUUUGCGAGCUAGCACUACCCGACAACCUGCCUGCCAUUACUUGACCCGUCGACAUGCCGUGACGCCUUACAGUUUACAGUCUUUCCCCAAGAGUAGCAGGCAUGUUCGAUGUCUAUCUGGCACUGGGUCUCUACCAAAGGAUCGGACAACAGGCCCUCCCAAAUCACGCGACCGUGGUCCCGAGUCAGACGAAGCGACGCGGACUGACUUCGGCGCGAUGAACAUUCUAGGCAACAUGGGUACACCAGCUACCAGCAUUGAUGCUUGCGUUAGCGAUGGCUUCCAUCUCAACAACGGUCUGAAAACAUCGAGUGGCGGUGGAAUAAUAUUAGUUGGAGGAGAAGCCUUCACCUGGCGGCCUUGGGAAGGUACAUCCAAAGAGCCGGCAGCAAUGCUGAGCAAAGCCGGGUCCCUGGAGAUUGGAGGCAGCGCUGGCGCUUGGGGGUUGCUAGAGCUUCUGUGGCCGAAGCCGGAUCUGCUCAUGGUGGGUACAGGAGGCAAGGUCUGGCCAUUGAGUAAGGAAACACGGGAAUACAUCAAUGGGCUUGGUAUCAAGAUCGACGUGAUGGACACUGGACAUGCGUCUGCUGCUUACAAUUUGUUGGCGACAGAGAGGGGAACGGAUAUCGUGGCAGCUGCUAUGCUGCCAAUCGGAUGGAAUGGCCGCUGA